AUCAGCAAUGGCGACUAGUGAGGAGAAGAGCACUAAUAAUACUAAGGAAGGGAAUAACCUACUGGGGUCGCCGACCUUCAAGGAGCUCGAGAAUGGUCGCUUCCAGUGCGUCGAGACUGGUCACCAAUUGCUGGCCAAAGACAUCGAAUCCUACUCUAACAGCAAACGGUGCCGUUUGGGGCUCAUUGAAUUUGCGCUCUCUCAUAAGAAGCCUCCUCUUAACAUGUUUAAGCAGGACCCUCUUUCUCGGUCAAAGGUGGUGUGUAAGUUAACUGAGGAUACCAUUAAUAAGACGGAGGAGCACAUUUGGAAGCAUAUCAAUGGAAAACGAUUCCUCAACAGACUGGAGGAAAUGGAAGAAGGAAAGCUAAGUUUGAACGAAAUGGAAGAAGAGCUGGAUGGUCAGAAACCUGAAAAAGUAUCUAAGCCAAGCAAAGAUGGUGCUAAGAAGGAGAAAAAGGAUAAGAAGAAGAAGAAGAAAAUGAAAAAGGAGGCGGCGGUGAUGGAGGAGGAGGAUGGUGAUGAUGACAUCAUCACUGACACACCCAAGUCUCAUAGUGAAGAAGGUGAUUUGGAAGAAGCUGAGUUUUGGAUCCCUCCACCAGGAGCACGUUGGGAUUUUGAUGAUGGCGGUGACAGAUGGGGUUCUGAUUCAGAGUCAGAGAGCAAUGAUGAGAACAAAAGUGACGAUGUUGAUGAAAUUGCUGAAGAUGGUGACAAGGAAUCGGAAGAGAUCUCAAUGCGGACAAAAAGAAUGUCCAUAGAAAUUGGACCAAGCAGCUUUGCUUCAAGAAAGAAGAAGAGUAAAAAGAGCCCGGCAUGAUCUGACCACCUUCACAUGAUUGAUGUAGAAAAGUUCAUUCUAUUACUACGAAGAGUUUAUCUGGUAAGACAUAGGGUACCUGAAGGCUUUUAAAAUACAAUUCUUCUUCCUUGCACUUGACCAUUUUUGCAUUACUCGCAUAAUCUUGUUUGCUUUGUCUCAUUUGUAAUUUGGGUUGGGAGAGUGUAGGAUUGUGCCAACAUAUCAUGUACCACCCAAGUAAAGGGACAUGAUUGAACCUAAAAAUAGAUAUGUUGGAGGCACCAUCUAAUAGUUGGGUUUCGCAUUAUCCUAGAUUAAGAUUUCUGAACUCUUGUAGGACGUGAAAUUUUGCAUUUUGAUCAAUUUGUAAACAUUGUUGUACAUC